AUAGCAGCGCUGCCCAAACUCAUCAAAUUGAAUCCCAUUGUCGUCAAAGAAGUGUUCAAUCGUCUACUUGGAGCCCACGUGGAGUCGGGCACUAACUUUCAGAGUCCGUUAAGUCCGGCAGAACUACUCGUGGCCUUACAUACAAUCGACACAACAAAGUGUGAGAUUAAGACUAUAAUAAAGGCCACCAACUUGUGUUUCGCUGAGACCAACAUCUAUACGGCAGAGGUGUUGGCAAUUGUGAUGCAACUACUGAUGGAAAACAAUCCAUUGCCCACUUUACUCAUGCGGACAGUCAUUCAGAGUCUGUCUCAAUACCCGCGCCUAAUUGGCUUUGUUAUGAAUAUAUUGCAGCGAUUGAUACUAAAGCAGGUGUGGAAACAGAAAAGAGUUUGGGAGGGAUUCAUAAAGUGCUGCCAAAGAACUAAACCCCAAAGUUUUCAAGUGUUACUCCAACUCCCGGCUCCUCAACUCAAAGCAGUGUUUGUGUCG